CACGGCGUCAGGAUCUCUGGCGGGAUACUUGACGGACAAGGUACCAGACUCUGGUCAUGCAAGCUUCACGCAAGGAAGGACUUCCCCGUCGGCGCUAGGAAUUUGCACAUCACCAACUCAAACAACGUGGCGGUCGACGGGCUGACCUCCGUUAACAGCCAGAAGUUCCACAUCGCCGUCACCGGCAGCCAGAACGUGAAGCUCCAGCACAUCACCGUCCACGCCCCGGGGAAUAGCCCCAACACCGAUGGCAUCCACGUCGCCAAAUCCAGCUUCGUCACGGUCCUCAACUCCACCAUCUCCACGGGCGACGACUGCAUAUCCAUCGGCCCGGGGGCCCGCAACGUGUGGAUCGAGCGGGUGGGGUGUGGGCCGGGUCACGACAUUAGCAUAGGGAGCCUGGGCUGGAGGUUCCAGGAGCCCGGUGUGGAGAAUGUUACGGUCAAGAGGGUCCCCUUCAAGGAGACAACCAACGGGCUCCACAUCAAGACUUGGGCCCGGCCCAGCUUGGAUUUUGUGAGGAACGUUCUUUUUCACCACGUCGUCAUGGACGGCGUUAAGAACCCCAUCGUCGUCGACCAGAACUACUGCCCUGGAAACAAGAACUGCCCCAGCAAGGCCUCUAGGAUCAAGGUGAAGGACAUAAGGUACAAGAGCGUAGGCGGCACGUUGCGGUGA